UUCCCGGCAUUUAGUUUGCAUUUAUUCGGACGCGGUUGCAUUGCCCGCGCGCACCACACCGGCACACGCACCGCGCACCACACGCUCGCGCUAUCGCUCGCCGCCGCCGCCGCCGCCGCCGCACGGCUCAGUCCACUCGUCGGCACCGCUGCGUGCUGUGGUCAUUCCGGCACUCGCGGCCAUCGCUUACGUACGCGCGACGCUCGUCGUCCGUCCGCCCGCUCGAGAACCGAUAAUAAUAUAUAAGUUAUUAUCGUCGUGUACUUAUACCGUCGAACGCUUUUUUUCGGUUUACGUAUAAUAAUAUUAUAUUGCGAUCGCAUACGAACGUACUUAUUGUUUUUCCUUUUUUUGUUUAUUUAUUUUUUUAUUUUUAUUUUUUGUUUGAUUAAACUAUUUUUACUAUACCGUCUCGCCACGGUCACUUUGACGUUUUUCGAUAUCAACGCGAAUACUAUAUUAUACUCCGCGGACACGACACAAGUCAGUUUGUGUCGUCUUAUUUUUAUUUUUAUUUUUUUUUUUUUAAUCGAUUUACGAAAUUUAUACCUCGUACACUAUACAUAAUUAUGUGAACACCGCGGUCGAAAAAUGAUCGACUUCCGACUUCCGGCCAACGUUUUUCCGACCAACCGACCACUGUCGUCGGUGUUUAUAUGAGGAGAAAAAUUUCGUAACCAACGUGGUGGAACCGUCAAGAUUACGUUCACCAUGAGGAUUAAAAUGCCCGCAGUUCGUAUCGCACAAGCGGAUACGGACCCGACACACAGCACUAUCGGAACCGAUCAGGUAGACCUGCUGACAUGUGGUCAGUGUCAAAGAGUGUUCCUAUUAUCAGACAUAUGCCGGUUCGUGCAGCACAAGAUGACCGGUUGCAGCAAAGACUCGCUGGCUGCCAACUGCAACAGCAACAGUGGCGACGACUGCGCCGGACCACCACCGCCAUCACAGCCACCACUGGACAACGGUCUUUUAGCGGCUAAGGCGAAGUCACACCACCGGUCCCAGUCACCGGCUGGUGCCGACGACCACCAUCAUAAUCAUAAUCAUCAUCACAGGCGACCACCGCCGUCCAGCACGCCCAAGCGGACAUCCGACCGGAACAACGGUGGCGAAGAUGGUAACGCGAGUUCCGAAGACGAAAAGUCCAGUGCCGCCGCCACCAAGAGCGGACGGGUAAAACAGGGAUCCGAGUCGUCUGAAGACUUGGGCUACAAAAAGUCCAACCGCUCGGCAUUGUCCUGCGUCGAUGCCGAAUCCAACACCACCAACUCAGAGCCCAGCAGUUUCGUGUGUUGCACGUGCAAGGCGAGGUUCAACUCGUCGUGGAGGCUUUUACAACACGCUCAGACCUCGCACUCGAUGAAGAUCUACACGGACGGCACACCAUCGCCAGUGUCGCAGUCCAAGAAUAACUCGUCGUGCUCUUCACUGGGAUCGUCCGGAUGCUCGAGCGGCAACACCUCGUCACUUCCAGGCAUGUCGGUCCUGCCGCUCUCCCUAGGCAUGCCUCCUUCCCGGAUGAACAUGCACACCCAUCCGCCUCCACCUCCGCCACCUCCAACUAGUACCGGGCCGCCGUCAAUGGUCGACAAUAACCCCAUGUCCAUGCCUAUGCACAACCCUUUUGCUGUUGGAGGCUUGCUUAGGAUGCCGAUGGGCGAGCCUCCCCAGCGUCCGUCCCCGUUCCCUGGGACUUCUCCCAUCGGCAACCCACCGCUGUUCGGACGGACGUCCAGUCACCACCAAGAUCACCAGUUCCGUAUGGAGCAGCUCAUGUCCGAGCAGUUCAGGCUCAACCAGCAGCAGCACGGGCUGGGUUUUGCCGUGGCAGUGGCCGCGGCUAACGCCAUGCCCACGUCACCAUUUCCGGGGCUAGCCGCCGCGGCCGCAGCCAAUGACCGGAACAAUCCUAGACACCCGGCGCCAACGUUACCGGCCUUAAAUCUUGAUCCCCAGAUGGAUUUUUACUCGCAGCGAUUGCGGCAACUCGCAGGUACCACUAGUCCUGGAGCUGCUACUGCACCAAGUUCGUCGCCUUCGCCGCGAAAAAUGACGCCACCCUUUAGCAGCCCCAACAACAACAACAACAAUCACAUCAACAACAGCGUGUCAGCAACAACGGCCGUGACUAUUGCGCCGCAGACAAACACUACCGUUGCCGCAGCAGUCACCGUCGGCUUAAACAACAAUAACAACAACAACAGCAAUGUGAGCAACAACAAUUCGGUCGAGUCACCAUCCGAUCAAGACCGGAUCACCGGCGACACGUCCAGGCACACGCUUGACCUGUCGUCCAACGCGUCCAAGGACAAGACGUGCCAAGACAUAACCAGUCAACCACAGCUGAUUGGCGAGGAAGAGAAGACUCGCGAGUGUGAAUACUGUGGAAAGAAGUUCCGGUUCCUGAGCAACUUAAUCGUGCACAGGCGUACGCACACCGGAGAAAAGCCGUACAAGUGUUCGGUAUGCGACCACGCGUGUACGCAGAGCUCCAAGCUGAAACGGCACAUGAAAACGCACCGCCGGUCGAAUCGGGGAAACGGGCUGGCCGGUGGCGAGUGUGGGACGACCGCCAAUGGGGUGGAUACGAGCUCGACACCGGACUUAACAUCCAACGAUGAUGACGAGGACGAUUCCGAAAUAGACGACGACGAAGCGGAAAUCGAGGAGGAGGAUGACGGUGAUGAGGACGACGCUGAUGAAGAUGACGCUGACGAGGACGAUGCUGAUGAGGACGACGAGGAAGAAGAGGAGGAGGAUAUGGAGCUGGAAGACGAGGACAAUGAUGAGAACGGCGAGGGCGGUGACGUGCCAGAGGACUUGACGACCAAAUCGACGUCGUCAGCCGAACACGACAAGAAGCCGGGCGGCAACAGUUCUAAUCGCACGUCGCCUGAAAACACGCCUGGUGACCGUAUACCACAACCACUACCACCGAGCUCUCUAGUCGGUGAGCUUAUGAGCAAAUUCGGUUUGAGCAAUAUCCAACAGUACAGCGAAGCGUACAAGCAAGCGCUCAAAGAGUCGUCUUCGCUGCUUCCACCACCGUUCCGGAUCCGGCGGAAAGACAACUUCCGGCUGUCUCCGUCCAUCAUACCGGACAACAACAACAGUUCGACAAAGUCAGCGAACCCACUGCGCAACCUAGAGAAUGGGCUUGUUGAUAAGACGGCGGCGGACAUCCGGUUCCGUGAGGAGCUCACCAAGAAUCUGAUCGCCGCCGGCCAAAACCCACUCGACUUGGUGGGCGCUCACCAUAGCAUCUUUGGACCGGGUUCUGCGUUUGAAAAUCCGUUUGACCCGGCCUCCAAGAGACUGAAGCUCGACACCGACAACCCACAUCACCCACUGCUCACCCGUGAACGGCUUUACGCUGCGAACAUGUGGCUUCCAGCCAUAGCCGCGCACCACCGGGGCGAAUCGUUUCUGAGCGGACUUCCGGGAAAGCCACCAUCGGUCGGAAGUGGUGUUGGGGAACCGGGCAACGGCGACGGCGGUGGCAGUGGCGGCCGCUCGAAACCGGGUCCCAGUUCGCUGUCGGCGGCCCUGAACCUGGGGCUGCAGGGGGCGCACUCCAAAAAAGAGUCACGGCGCAACGAUACUUGCGAGUACUGCGGAAAGGUGUUCAAGAACUGUAGCAACCUGACAGUCCACCGACGGUCGCACACCGGGGAAAAACCGUACAAGUGCGAGCUGUGCUCGUACGCGUGCGCCCAGAGCUCUAAGCUGACCAGGCACAUGAAGACGCACGGCCGCCUGGGCAAGGACGUAUACCGGUGCCGAUUCUGCGAAAUGCCGUUCUCGGUGCCGUCCACGCUCGAGAAGCACAUGCGCAAGUGUGUCGUUAACCAGAACAUAAAGCUAGAGGGUAGCCAAUACAUCAAAAUGGACGACGGUUCGAAGACUACAGAGUCCGGAGGAGCUGGCGGUUACAUUUUACCGUCGUCCAUGGUCGACGACGAGUCGUACAGCAGUUCGGCCGUUUCUAAGGACAACACAUGACUCUUCCCGUGGAGGGGUUUCAGCCCCCUCCCCGUACAGAGUACGACGAUAUACUGACGGCGGCCACUGCCGAGCACGUAGUUCACUAGGGAAUCGACGAAAACGAAAAAAAAUAAUUAUAUAUAAUAACGAUAUUUACUAUUAAAUCGUAUUCUACACGCAUAUUUUAAUAUUAUGUAAGUGUGUUUAGAAAUAUAUAUAUAUAUAAUUUACAAAAUCAAAUAGAUCUCGAAAAACAUUUAUAUAACGAUAAUAAUAUGUUUGUUUUGACCAUGCAGUGUUAUGUGUUUUUUUUUUGUUUAGUUACCGUUUCACUAUACUUUUUUCUUGAAAAAAAUCUUUAAAAUUAUUAUUAUAAACCGCACACAGAAAACAAGGCGCCCUCUCCGCCACUCGUAUUUCUAUCGUGUACCGCUACCACCCCUCUAUAUAGGUCUGGUGUAAAUACAGUCUUGUUUUAAUUUAAUUUUAUAUAUAUAUAUGUUUUUUAAUCUUCCUUUAUCUGUUCGUAUAAGGCUAUAUAUUAUACCCACGGUUAAACGGCAUAACAUCGAUUCGCUCAAAACAAUAUUAUUCUAACUGAAAACAACUUACCAUUCCAAAUGCCCAACUAUACCUAUCUACUAAACGGUUUUCGCGUUCACCGGACGUUGUACAGUUUACGAUUUGAUAUAUUUUUUUUUAACUGAAUUUUCUUUCGCGCUGAUUCCGUUUCAACGAAAGUACCUCCUACUACAUUCCCGAGAGAUCAUCAUGAGUUCCACACCGAAGACUGCAUUUUUAGAGUUCACAUAAUCAUUAUUAAAGAUUUCCAACCGCUUUAUACAUAUGCGUCACGUUUACGUAUAGACCGAGUGGAUGCGUGAUUAUGUGAAGAAAAACCAAUAUUGUAAAUGGUAAUAAUUUUAUUAAUAAAAUCUCGAUAAACAUUCCCAGAAAAUCUUGUAAAUAUAAAUAACGUGUCGAACACAUCGUGUAUAAUAAUAUAAAACAAUAUAAGUCCCAUUUUUCCAUCGUGUAAAUAAUUUUUCAUAAAAAUAAGUACAAAAUGUUUAUAAGUUUAGAAUUGUGUCGUGUAGAUUUUUUUUUUAUUGUUAACAAUCGUUUGUUUUUCUCUUUUAGAAAUGAGUAAUUUCUAACAAAAAAAAAUAAUGUUGUAAAUCGGUUUAUGUUUGACUAGUCUGUUAUUUAUUAUUUUACAACUACAAUUAUUUUUAUUAUUAUUAUUAUUAUUAUUAUUAUUCUUAUUAUUACUAUUAUUAUUAUUAUUAUUAUUAUUAUAACUAUUAUUAUUAUUAUUACGAUUAUUAUUUGAUUUAGAUUUAAAAGCAUCUCCAAACCCCAAGUAUAAACUCACCCAUAAAAUGUUUGAAAUUAAAAUUAAGAAAAAACAAAAAAAAAAUAUAUAUAUUAAAAACUAUAACAUAUACCUACGUUUUAAUUAAAAUUGCGUUUACGCUCACUAAUGUUCCUCAUUAUUUUAUUGUAGAGUUCUUAUACGGAUUAGAGUUUAAAAAAUGGUGUAUUUAAAUUUUCCUAUGUAAUUUAGGAAAUACCUUACGUAAAUAAAUUGUAAGUUUAAUAUUUUAUUGACUGUGCGUUUGGUUUUUAAAAAAUAUAUAUAUAUAUAUAUUAUCAUCACUGUACCUAAAAAUAAAUAAAUAAAAAAAUUAAAUAAUCGUCAAUCUUUUUAUUACUAAUUAUUUGUAUCAUUAUUGUUUACUUUAAUAUUGUUGAAGUGAUGACGAGUUUUAGAUUAGGUCUAGUGAAAUUUCUUCACGAUGCCGAUCGUUUUCGGUUUCGGGGUCCGACGACAUUUUUUUCAGACUUUUGAUGGUCACUCGACAAGAUAUAAUAAUGAUCAUUAUUAUUUCACUGGCGUAUAAUUUUUUUUUUCGUUUGUCGAGUGAUCACCAAAACUCUGAUCUCCGACGUCAGAAAUCGAAACUCUGACAGCGGCCGUACAUCUAAUAAUGUAAUAUAAUUAUAUUUCUAUAUAAUAUAUAAAUACGCGUACUACAGUACCAAUAUAUCACACACAUGUACACACAAACACACACACACACAAAAGUUGUAUUUGUUUUCUAUAAAAUUUAAAUAGGUAUAUAGGUAUUUAUAACCUAUAAUUUUAUUAUAGACGUAUAAAAUAUAUAUAUUUGUAAUGACAAAAUAUCACAUCGCGGGUCACUCCGACGUUGUUUUCAAAGUUAUUAUUUCUUGUUUUAAAAUCAAAAACUUUGCAUUAAAAAAUGUCUCUCCUACGUAUACAUAUUAUUAUACGAGUAUUAUAUAAUAUAUAUAUAUAAUGUAUACGUUUUGUACUGCAAACCGUUUUUUUCGUUUAUUGUUUUUUAUUAUUAUUAUUAUUAUUUUUAUUUAUUACUGUCGGCAUUAUAUUAAAUCGUUGUAUGUACAUAAAUACCUACUAUAUUAUAAUAUUAUUUAUUUUACGUCGAACCAGUUUUUUCCUUUAAGUGAUUAUAUAUAUAUACAAUAUAUACAUAUAUAAAUGAUUUGUUUAGAAUAUUGUAAUUGGUUUAAUAAAAUAUAUUAUUAUGAUAUAAUAUAAAUAUAUUAUACAUACAUUAUAAAACGA